CGGGGGGAAGUAUUUGUCAAGCCAUUGGACUGGUAUAACCAGUAUUCUUAUUCCAGUGACAAGUUAGAAGAGACAAAAGAAGAACGAGACACCUUCAUACCAAGGCUAGCACAAGUAACAGAUCAAAGGGAGAGAGAACUGAUGCUGGAAGAAAAACGCACUGAACUACAUAGCAAGAUGCUAGCGACAAAGCGCAAAGAACUUGAUGAUAGAAAGAAGUUGCAAGCAGAGGGGGCGAGGUUACACAGCGAGCUGCAGGCACAAAAGGAAAAGCAAGCGGCUACUGAAGAAAAACUACCCCUCCUAACUGGAACAGUUCUCCAUACGAAACAGGAGGUUGCUGCAAUCAACAGGACCUUGCAGAAAGUUGAAACGAAUCAACUAGAAUUUGAAAAUGUAUGGAACACUUUUUUGCAGAAGUCCGCCAAGGACGUAGAUCUGCACAUUCAGUCCUAUAUCAACAAACUGGAUGAUCAUCUCACUCAAACCUUCACUCCAGCUGUGAUUGAGAGAAUAGUGCAGGGCAGCGGCGGAGGAGGAGGUGGUGACGGAGACGGGGAUGGAGGCGAUGGAGAUAAGAAAGGAAAGGGAAGACAGCGAGAAGGAGCAGGGACCAGCAACAAAAUUAAAGUUGGACGUACACCUGCAAAAAGGAAGAAGUUGCAUUGGAUGGUGGCGGUAGAGUCCUAUGUCUACGGACAACGGAUUCCUUAUUGGGAUAGGGUGUUGAUGGCCACUUCGUGCAUGGCCGAUGACGCAAUGACUUUUGCAAUCUCGUUACAAAAAGAAGCAGGAUGUAGGGGCGGCGGCAACGGGGGAGGGGCACCGGCGGUGGGGGAGGAGGCAGCGGUGGCAGCGGUGGCAGCGAGGGAGGGGGAGGCAACGGCCGUGGGGGAGCGGGCAGAGGCGGGCUCAGGCGGCAACGUCGGCGGCGGCCACAGUGGCAGCAAGCAACAGCAGCAGUGGAAGCCAGCAGCAGCAGCAUCGGCAGCAAUCGGCAGCAGCAACCAGCAGCAGCAACCCGCGGCUACAGCGGCUGCAGUGGUGGCAGCGGCGGCAGAGGCGACGCCACCGGUGGCAGCAGCAGCCACGGCAGUGGCAGCGGCAGCCGCAGCGGCCGCGGUGGCAGCGGCAGCCGCAGCGGCAGCACUGGCAGCGGCAGCACUAGCAGCGGCAGCACUGGCAGCGGCAGCAAUGGUAGCGGCAGCAGCAGUAGCGGCAGCGGCGGCGGCGGCGACAGCGACGGCAACGGCGGCAGUGGCGGAGGCCGCGGCGGCAACAGCGGGAGCUGCAGCCGCGGGAGCGGGAGCGGCAGCCGCAGGAGCGGGAGCGGGAGCGGCAGCAGCGGCCGCAGCAGCAGCAGCGGCAGGCAGAGCGGCGGCAGGGGGAGCGGCAGCAGCGGGAGCGGCAGCAGAGGGAGCGGCAGCAGCAGGAGCGGCAGCAGCGGCAGCGGCAGCAGCAGCGGCAGCGGACGCGGCAGCAGCGGGCGCGGCAGCGGCCGGGCGCGGCCGCAGCGGGGGCAGCCGCAGCGAGGGCAGCCGCAGCGGGAGCGGCUGCAGCGGGAGCGGCUGCAGCGGGAGCGGGAGCGGGAGCGGGAGCGGGAGCGGGAGCGAGAGUGGGAGCGAGAGCGGGAGCGGGAGCGGCAGCGGCGGCAGAGGCAGCGGAGGCAGCAGCAGAGGCAGCAGAGGCAGAGGCAGCAGAGGCAGCAGCGGCGGCAGUGGCAACAUCAACAGCGGCAGCAGUGGCAGCAGCGGCAGCAGCGGCAGCGGCAGCGGCAGCGGCAGCGACAUCGACAUCGGCAGUGGCGGCAGCGGCAGCGGCAGCGGCAGCGGCAGUGGCAGCAGCAGCAGCAGCGGCAGCAGCAGCAGCGGCAGUAGCAGCAGCGGCGGCAACGGCAACGGCAGCGGCGGCAGCAGCAGCAGCGGCGGCAACGGCAACGGCAGCGGCGGCAGCGGCAGCGGCGGCAGCGGCAGCGGCGGCAGCGGCAACAGCAGCGGCAACAACGACAGCGGUGGCAGCAGCAGCAGUGGCAGCGGUGGCAGCGGUGGCAGCGGCAGCAGUGGCAGUGGCAGUGGCAGCGGCAGCAACAGCAGCAGCAGCAGCAGCGGUGGUGGACCAGCAGCAGUCGCCGCAGCAGCUGCCUCAACAGCAGCAGCAGCAGCCACGGCAGCAACAGCGGCGGUGGCGGCAAUGGCAAUGGCAGUGGCCGCGGCGGUGGCGGCAAUGGCAGUGGCAGUGGCCGCGGCGGUGUCAGCAGGAGCAGUAGCAGCAGCAGGAGCAGCGGAAGGAGCAGGAGCAGCAGGAGCAAGAGCAGGAGCGGCAGGACAGCGGCAGCAGCAGCAGCGGAAGCGGCAGCGGCGGCAGCGGCAGCAGCGGUGGCAGCGGCAGUGGUGGCAGCGCCAGCAGUGGCAGCAGUGGCAGCGCCAGCAGCAGCAGCGGUGGAACGGCAACAGUGGCAGCAGUGGCAGCAGCGGAGGCGCCCCAGUAGCAGUCGCCGCAGCAGCUGCCUCAACAGCAGCAGCAGCAGCCACGGCAGCAACAGCGGCGGCGGCAGCAACGGCAGCAGCAGCAGCAGUAGUGGCAGUGGCGGCGGCGCUGGCGGUGACAGCAGGAGCAGCAGCAGCGGAAGGAGCAAGAGCAGGAGCAGCAGGAGCACAAGCAGCAGGAGCAGGAGCAGGAAGAGCAGGAGCAGCAGGAGCAGGAGCAGCAUCAGUAGCAGGAGCAGGAGGAGCAAGAGGAGCAGUGGCAGGAGCAGCAGGAGCACGAGCAGCAGGAGCAGGAGCUGCAGGAGCAGGAGCAGCAGUUGCAGGAGGAGGAGGAGCAAGAGAAGCAGUGGCAGCAGCAGCAGCAGUGGCAGCAGCAGCAGCAGCGGUAGCAGCAGCGGCAUCAGCAGCGGGAGCGGAGUGGCAGCAGCGGCAGGAGCGCCACUGCAGCCACAGCCACAGUACCAGCAGCUGCAGCAUCAGCAGCAGCAGGAGUAGGAGCAGCAGGAGCAGCGGCUGCAGCCACAGCCACAGCAGCCACCACCACCACCACCACUGUGACAGCAGCAGCAGGAGGAGGAGGAGGAAACGUACAGUAUUAGCAGCAGUAGUAGUCGUCAUCAUUGUCGUAGCAGUAGUAGUGGUAGGAGGAGGAGAAAUAUAGUAGUAGUCGUAGUAGGAGGAGGUGUAGUAGUAGUAGUAGUAGUAGCAGUAGGAGGAGGAGGAGGUGCAGGAGUAGCAGCACACUAGGAGGAGGAGGAGGAGAAGAGUGCGGGACGAAGAGGGAGAGUAUGGGAGGAGGAUCAACCAAAGACUGUUACGUGAUUGCUCGUUUCCCUGGUUGCGAUCCCGAUUGGUUUUCCAUUACUAAAUAAUUGUGCAUUAUCCUGAAGGCGGUUGGAUUUUUUUUAUUUUUUUAAUUAAACUAAUCAGAACGGAUACUACACUUGAGCUUGCCAAAAGGCCCUUAGCUAGGGCUUUAGAUUUUCAGACUUCUUUCUUCGGAGAUCACUGUCCAGUAGAGAAUCUAACACAGACUUUUUUUUUUUUUUUUUUUUUAUAUAACACAGACUUUCCGUGCUCGUAUGGUCCUUCUUCCUUUCUUUUUCUUUUUUAAUUCUUUCUUUUUUUUUUUUUGCCUUUUUUUUUUCCCCCCCCCGUCACAUUUUUUCUCUUCCACCUUCUCCCUCGUACUCCAUCAAUCCAGAACAAAGCCAAAGGAGCCUU